AUGUUUAAAGUGGUGAUUUUUUAUUGCAUUAUUGCUAUGUAUCUGAAUAAUGCCUUGGCUAUAACUGAUGAACAACAAGCACAAAUACACUCCAAGGUUCUUGAAUUUAGUUCCGAAUGUAUCAAAGAUCACCCAGUGGCUAUUGAAGAUCUCUCAUCUCUGAAACAAGAAGUUUUUCCAGAAGGCAGUGCCGCUGGCUGUUUUGCGGCUUGUGUUUUCAAUAAAAUUGGACUUUUCGAUGAAAAAGGUAACUUAUCACCCACGACGGCAUUAGAACAUGCAAAAAAUAUAUUUAAAGAUGAAAAAGAAUUGAAAAGCAUAGAAGAAUUUCUGGCUACUUGCGUUAAAGUGAACGAUGAAGAAGUUAGUGAUGGCGAACUGGGCUGUGAACGAGCUAAAUUAGCGUUCAAUUGUUAUGUAGAGAACUAUAAAAAGUUCGACUUCCAUUUUAUUCUUUAA